UCUGAAGUGAUAAACUAGUAAAUGUUAACUGAUCUGUUACUUAUUCAGUGGGUGUGCCUAGAAUCUUUGUUAUCAAUCCCUUCUCAAGCUUUUCAGAGUGGGUUAAAUUUGGAGGAAAACCGUGCUUCCUUUUCAGAAGGGACUCUUGAAUGCAUUUUUAGUGAUCUUGUUGAAAGCCUUGAAAAUGCUGGGGAAAGUUCUGUUUUACCCAUGCUGAGAUCACUCAGAAUGUUAAUAGAGCUAGUCAGCAAUGUGAGGUCAAAUGCUGUUGUUUCUAUUUCUAAUAUCAUUACUAUCCGCUUCUAUUUUAGUUGUUACUAUGAUUUCUAUACUGUGAUUUUUCUGUUGCCAUCAUCUUCUAAUUGCUUCUCACUGCUCACCCAACACCACCAGCGUCUACUGUCUUUGCCGCCACUCCUCUGUUUUGCAGCCUCUGAGCCGCGAACUCCAUCGCCAGUUCUAUCCUCACCUGGCCGCUGA